AUGGAAUUCAGUCAGCCGCAGCUCCUCACCUCGGGGGGGGACAGUGCCUGCUGCGGGAAGAAACUGGGGACCCUCUGCCUGAACGGCUUCAGCCAAGCUAACCAAGACCCAGCGCAGUGGAGGGAUGGGGAGGAGAAAGGGGCAGCUGGGGCAGGUCAGCUGCCCACCUUGGAGGCAGCCUACGCCAGCAUCCUGAGAGGCUUGGGGGAGAACCUGGAGAGGGAAGGGCUGCUGAAGACUCCGGGAAGAGCCGCCAAAGCCAUGCAGUUCUUCACCAAGGGAUAUCAGGAAAGCAUCGAGGAUGUUCUUCAUAACGCUGUCUUCAAUGAAGACCAUGAUGAAGUCGUCAUUGUGAAAGAUAUUGAUAUGUUUUCGCUUUGCGAGCACCACUUAAUUCCAUUCUAUGGCAAGGUGCAUAUAGGUUACCUACCCAACAAAAAGGUAGUUGGACUAAGCAAACUAGCAAGGAUUGUGGAAAUCUACAGCAGAAGACUUCAAGUUCAAGAACGUCUAACCAAGCAAAUUGCUGCAGCCAUUACUGAGGCUUUGAAACCAGCCGGAGUAGCAGUUGUAAUCGAAGCAACGCACAUGUGCAUGGUGAUGAGAGGUGUGCAGAAAAUGAACAGCAAGACGGUGACCAGCACUAUGCUUGGAGCUUUCCGUGAGGAUCUGAAAACACGGGAAGAAUUUCUCACGCUGACCAAGUUUUAGACAAACGUAAGAGUCUGUCCGUCUCCUCUUGGAACCCGCAGACCUGCCCUGGCAUUAAUUAACGGUCACAUUCUGCAUCCGAGGUUUUACGAGGCAAUAAUGACUCGUGUCGAUUAAAAUGCUGACUGUAGAGAUCAAGGCACUCAGUUAGACUGGAGGGCUUACGCGUCGCCGGGAUACUACGGAGAAAUAAAGUCGUCGCGUUUCAUUUAUGUUUCAUUUUAGUAAGCGAGAAAAAUACAUCAUUUUAAUCCCUGUGUGUCAUGACAGUGUUUUUUUUAAAACAGAGCGAUUGGCUAACCACGCAAGCGUAUUGGCACAAGGAUUUUUUUUUUUUGGUAAUCAAAACAUGUCGAUUUCAUUCCAAUUUGGAGAGUUUUAAUUUGAAGAGGGAAACGGCAGAAGCAGAGGGGGGAAAAAAAAACUUUUCAAUCCGUGCAACGUCAGGUUGAUGUUGAUGGGCAUGAUUUGACCAGUCAGGGAACCACUAUCGACAGCUAGUCCAGACAACGAAGUAGGAAAUCAACUACAACUGACGACCAAAUUCGUCAGAUUAUUCUUUUUUUAAAAACAACUCUCAUAACAGAAAAGUUUGACGAGGUUUGUUUUGUUUAAUAAAGUGGAGAGGAGGUUUUUUGUUGCUUUCAAGUCGCGCCGAAAUGCACAGAGUACGCAUGGCCUUUAAAAAUACGUUUACGAUGCUUUACAGUAAAUCCUGUGAAGGGCUUUAAAGACAUUCUCCCGAU